UCAGAGUUGUCUGAGGGGGAGGAACGGGCAGAGAGAAAGGACCUGGCUGCUCUGUGGAUUAAGCCCCAUUUUGUGUCGCAGAACGUGGUCCCCUGGAUGCACCAGGCGGGGGAAGACUUUGCCUUCCUGCAAGCUACCCACACCAGGGUGGCAGCUGUGACGUUCGGCUUAUCUCAGGGGGCACCAGUCUUGCUUCCAGCCUUGGCCAGAUCCUCUUCUUCUUCUGCCGCCGCCGCACUCACCAAGCUCACCCAAGGAGUAAACCUCCUCCAGAAAGAUGGAUCACAAUCUACAAGUCAAUAUUCCAAUAUCAGAAACCAGUACGAAUGGAGCCCCAAGCCAGAAACCACUAUCCUGGGGCCCGAAGACAACCGCCACUGUCACCUUUCACAACAUCUGCUACAGAGUGAAGAUGAAAAGCGGCUUCAUAGGCUGUAGAAAAGUAGUUGUGCGAGACAUUUUGAAAGAUGUCAGUGGCAUAAUGAGGCCAGGACUGAACGCAAUUCUGGGGCCCACUGGUGGUGGCAAAUCCUCACUGCUUGAUAUUUUAGCUGCAAGAAAGGAUCCCCAUGGUCUGAGUGGAGAAGUCCUCAUCAAUGGAGCUCCUCAGCCUGCCAAUUUUAAAUGUAUCUCUGGCUAUGUAGUACAGGAUGAUGUGGUGAUGGGGACCUUGACCGUGAGAGAGAACUUCCAGUUUUCAGCUGCCCUUCGACUACCUAAGACUGUGACAGAACAAGAAAAGAAGGAAAGGAUUAACCAGAUCAUUACAGAGCUGGGCUUGACAAAAGUGGCAGAUUCAAAGGUCGGAACUCAGUUCAUUCGUGGUAUAUCAGGAGGAGAGAGGAAAAGGACCAACAUUGGCAUGGAGCUCAUUACUGAUCCUGCCAUCUUGUUCCUAGAUGAGCCAACCACUGGACUGGAUGCCAGCACAGCCAAUGCUGUACUGCUGCUUCUGAAAAGGAUGGCCAGGCAGGGAAAAACCAUCAUCUUCUCCAUCCAUCAGCCUCGCUACUCCAUCUUUAAACUGAUUGAUAAACUGACCUUACUGGCAACGGGAAGAAUGGUGUAUCACGGACCUGCUCAGAAUGCUCUGGAAUACUUCAAGUCCAUUGGGUAUGAGUGCAGACCUUACAACAAUCCUGCUGACUUCUUUCUGGAUGUCAUUAAUGGAGACUCAUCUGCUGUGGCUUCUAACAAGACCGAUGAAAUUGAUAUAGAUUACAUUGACAAUGACAUCAGUGAGAAUAAGACUUUGGCAGAGAAAUUAGCAGAGAUGUAUGCCAGUUCUGAGUUCUACCAAGAGACCAAAGAAGAAUUAGAAAAACUGUCUUCUGGGAGUACCAGAGAAAGCGCUUUCCGAGAAAUCACCUACUCUACUUCCUUCUUUCACCAGCUCAAGUGGGUCUCCAAACGCACGUUCAAAAAUCUGCUAGGCAACCCUCAAGCUUCUAUAGCACAGCUGUGUGUUACAAUUUUCCUGGCAUUAGUGGUAGGCGCUAUCUUCUUUUCUGUAAAAGAUGAUGCUAGCGGUUUGCAGAACAGAAUUGGUGCCAUGUUCUUUAUGACCACCAACCAAUGCUUCAGCAGCAUCUCUGCCAUUGAACUUUUUGUUGUAGAGAAGAAGAUAUUUAUACAUGAGUACAUCAGCGGCUAUUACAGAAUUUCUGCAUACUUCUUCUCAAAGCUAAUGGCUGACUUAAUACCCAUGAGGACGUUACCAAGCAUCUUCUUCACAUGCAUAGCUUAUUUCAUGAUAGGUCUGAAGCCAACAGUAGAGGCCUUCUUUAUAAUGAUGUUUUCGCUGAUGAUGGUAUCUUACACAGCUUCUUCUAUGGCUCUAGCUAUUGCUGCAGGACAGAGUGUUGUGGCUGUUGCUAAUCUACUCAUGACCAUCACCUUUGUCUUCAUGAUUAUUUUCUCUGGGUUGUUGGUAAACCUCACCAGCAUACAGUCUUGGCUUUCCUGGCUCCAGUACUUCAGUAUCCCUCGAUAUGGCAUGCAAGCACUGCAGGUUAAUGAACUUUCUGGUCUAAACUUCUGCAGUUCUAACCCAAUUAACAACUGUACGAGUGUCAGCACCUUGCAGAUGUGCACUGGAGAACAGUAUCUGGCAAGUCAAGGGAUUGAAGCAACUGCAUGGGGCUUGUGGCAGAAUCACGUUGCACUGGCUUGCAUGAUGGUCAUCUUCCUUACAAUUUCAUAUAUGAAGUUGCGCUUCAUGAAAAAGUUAUCUUAAAUGAACAUGCAAAUGUUCCUGUGAGUCAGGUUCCUUGAGAUGCUAUAGAGUUUUCCUCAACCCUGUUCCCUCCAGAUGUGCUAGCCUGGUGCCCAUCACCUACAGCAGGCAUGAUGAUGAGAAUUGUAGUCCAACAUAUCCGGAGGAUUACAGGCUGAAGAGACUGGUCUUUUCUAUGAAUAAUUUUCAUGUUUUGAUUAAACAUAUACGGAACAAGAACAGCACUGGCAAAUGUUUCCAUUAGAUGCAUCUAAAUAUUAUUUUGCUAUAUUGAGAAAUGUAUUAGUGGCACUUCCUACCCAAAGCAACCCCAAGUCUGAAAAGCAGUCUCAAAUAUAGAUACGCUGUUUACAACAUGCAUGAUCCAAUCAAGAUGGAGCACUUUCAAGUCAGUAGCUUGCAGUGGAAUAGGAUUAAAUACAGGCUUAAUACCAUCACACAAACCAGUGGGACAUUAAGUGUUUAACUUUAUCUGGAUCCUAUUUCUUAAAAUAUAGAACUGCUUUUGAAAAGUUCUCCCCCCGCCCCACUUUGAGAUUCAUAAUGAUAUUGCCACAGAUACAGUUUAGGAGCAAGCAAGUUUUGAACAUUUAAUACAAAGCUGGUUUUGUUCUCUUGGUAAAAAAAUACAUCUAUUGUUACUUUGGAUCAGUGGUAAAUGACUUGCUGUGCUCCAGGGGUUUUGGACUACAAAUUCUGGCCAGGGCUUAUGGGAAUUGUAAUCUAAAACUUCUGGAGAGUGCCAGGUUCUCUUCCCCUGCUCUAGACAGACAGGAUGCAGUGCACAAAUUAGCACAUUGAGUGUGUUCAGCACAUGGUGCACAGAUUAGCACUUGUGAAACCCCAUCUGUGUGUUCAAUGAAUGACUGAAAAGAGGAAUGGCCCCUGCCUUGUGCCCAUGUUUGACACAAUCCCUGAAAAAGAGAGUCUGCAGCUAUACAUGCAUAAAGGCCUCCCCUUUUCAGAUGUCACUUCAAAUAUUUGAACCUCAGGUGGGGCCUUCCAUGUCUUCUCUGAACAUGACUGUUUUCACUUUUCUAAUCCUCUGCCUCAUUGUCUAUGGCUUUCUAUCUACAUGAACUUGGCCACAGAGCCACCACAAAACAUUUUGCUGCUCAAGAUGAAAGGCAAGUUGGUACCACUCCCAAUUCCAUGUAUGCAACUUGGUAGUUGAAUCUUACUUCAACACCACCAAUGGGGCAGCUUCCUCCACUGCAUCUGGGAAUCAAAGGCUAAUUUAGGGUGCUCAGGACAGGCUGCAGGUCUGUCUUCCAAGACCUCAUGGCCACUUCCUGCCUCGCAGCAUCUGCUGCAAGGUGACAGCCAAUAGGGCCAUCCCGGCUUGCCCACACAUACAAAAUGAACACUAAUGUUUCAUUGCAUUGUUGUAUUUAUGCCACCUUAUUUCUUCCCACCAAGUUAGCAUGCCUUAGAUUUAAUAGACAAAUGUUUAUAUUAAAACAUCGUAUGAAUGGAAGAAUUUUAGCGCAUGAAAUAUAACCAAAUAGCUGCAGGAUAAUUGCUUGUUAUACAAACUUUAAGCAAAUGAUCAUGUUCCUUGAAAUGCAAUCAAGUAACAGACAUCCAGGAUUAAUCCCACCCACUACCUAAAAGAAUGAUAAAGAUUUGCUUUCCAUUAGGGUAGCAUCUGUGCCUCAUCCCAGGCUCAGGCUGUGUGGGAAAAGCUCAUCAGCUGAGGGCUGGCACUGCACUGUUUGCAGCGUCACCUCAACAUACUCUGAUCUCACUUUUCUACCUCCAUCCCUUGUGUGUCGAGUUCCUUACUGAAGAUUUCCAAAACCAUCGUUGGGCAAUACCUUAAGACCAACCAAAAUGUCAUAGAAUGGCUUCAAGAUGCUUUAUCUGGCUGGGUGGUCCAAACAAUUAGGUGGUCGGGAAGGAAGAAGAAAACCCCACCCGGACUGAUGAGAAGUUCUGCAGGACUCAAAAAACUUGCUUGCUGCUGUAUGACAUUUUAACUUGGUUGUAAUAAAAGUAUGGCCCAACUCUAUAGUUUGCAAGGGUUUUAAAAAUUUUUCUUAUAGGCCAGGGUUGAACAAUUUGUGGCUCUCCAGAGUUUCAGUCUACCACACUCACAUGUUCUAGUGAGAGAUGAGGGAAGACAAGAGUGUAGGGCCAUAAGUCGCCCACCCCUGCUAUGAACCAACAUUUUAUGUAAGACUGUAAGUCUGAGGACAGUUACUGUCUAUUACUUUUAUUUGUUUGCACCUUGUUUCUGUAGAUAUUCUGAAAUAAAUUGUAUCUGAUCCACUGAA